CGGGCUCAUCCCUGGGAAGCGCUGCGGAAAUGGAGCAGCUGCGGGCGGGGGCGGGCGCUGGGAUCCAGCCUCUCCCCCUCACGGCGGCACGGAAAGCUUGCUAAAAGCAGCUCGACAACCGGGGAGCAAAAAUAUCUCGUUUUUACGUAGCAGAUGCACAGAGCGCAAAUCCCGCUCCAGAGGGCAGCGGGGCGGCAGCGCCACACGCCCCGGCUCCUUGUUUGGCAGCGUGGCCUGACGCUGGCAGACCUCUGUGUGGUUUGUAACACUCCGUGUGCCAGCCUUCGGCUCCCCGUGCCGGGGGAAGCGCUCGGCAGCGGUGCCAGGAAGCGGGGGCAGCUCCCGGGGCCCUCGGCGGGAGCGGGAACCGGGCCCGGUCCUGGAUGUAGGAAAUAUGAAUGAUUGGCAGAGAAAAAGCCCUCUGGACUGGGAAACAUAUGUGAACAAAUUGGUGAAAGUUGCAGUUGAGAAACAUGAAUAUGAAGGAUGGGUUUUAACAGUUGACCCAGUUUCUGCCACCAUUGUCCUUGCAACAUUCCCAGAGAACGAGAAGGGGUCCAUAUCAUUCAUCAUGGGCCACGCCAUCCAGGAGGUGGAAAUACUGCAGGAAGGGGACAGUGACAUGAAGCAGCGCCUCGCUCGCAUCUCCGCGCCCGAGGAGAGCCAAGCCUACAGCCCGGAGGAGCUGGAGAAGAGGAAGAAAGCCUUGAAGAGCUGGCUGGAGACAAACCACAUCCCGGUGGACGAGCAGGGGGAGCAGGGCAGGGCGCUGAGCGUGGCGGGGGUGCUGACCAUCGAGCCCCCAUACGGCCCUGAGCAGUGCAGCAGUGCCAACGAGAUCAUCCUGUCCCGUGUGCAGGGCCUGCUGCAGCGCUUCCUGCAGCAGCAGGAGCUGCCUGCUCAGCAGCCCUAGGAACUGCCCUGUGCUUGGAACUCUCUGUGGUCACUAUUUGCAGAAAUGCUGCUGUUUUGGUACUUUUGCCUUGAAUUUUUGUAUGUAAAGGAGAAGUGUAAACAAGCAGAAACGUUUUUUCAUGCGCUGUUUUUAUUAGAAACAAGCUGUUCGAUAAUGCUGAUGUAUUAAACUGAUUUAUCAACUUGUCAGUUUAGAAUUUUUGUAACAUUAUUGUAAAAGAUGAUAUGUAAUACGUUUACUGUUUUGCUUACCAGAUUUUUUUUUUUUUUAUAAAUGAAGAGAAUUAUGACACUUGGACUUCCCAAACCAAAUUUUAAAAAAAUGUUCAGAAAGCUGUUUUGUUGCUUUUGUGGCUGGUUGUUUGUUUGUUUGUUUUCCCAUUACUGUUCUCUCGGUUUAGAACAUAAAUCACAAUGUAUGUCCAAGUUUCUAAAAUUAUUAGGGAAUGUUAGCAGGCAAAUAGCAGAUUUAAAAACCAUUACCUAAAGAUAUUAAUUAUUUUAGAGCAGCAGUGCCUGGAAAACCUGUGUUCUGUGAAAGGAAAAUUUGUUGCAA